AUGAACAGCAGCGAAUCUUGCUUCUCCCAGGAAGCCAUUUUCAGAGUUGUUGCUGCAAUUCUUCAUCUGGGUAAUAUUGACUUUGCCAAAGGAAAGGAAAUUGACUCAUCAAUUCCAAAAGACGACAAAGCCAAAUUCCACUUGAAAACAGCCGCUGAACUUCUGAUGUGUGAUGCUGAUGCCUUGGAAGAUGCAUUAUGUAAGCGUGUCAUGAUCACUCCUGAAGAAGUUAUAACGCGGAGCCUUGAUCCGGGAAGUGCUACAGUCAGUAGAGAUGGACUGGCAAAAACAAUUUAUUCUCGGUUAUUUGAUUGGCUGGUGGACAAGAUCAAUAAUUCAAUUGGACAAGAUCCCAAUUCUAAAUGUUUGAUCGGGGUCCUUGAUAUCUAUGGUUUUGAAAGCUUUAAAUUGAACAGUUUUGAGCAGUUCUUCAUUAAUUUCCCAAAUGAAAAGUUGCAGCAACACUUCAAUCAGCACAUGUUCAAAAUGGAACAAGAAGAAUACACAAAGGAGCAGAUCGAUUGGAGCUACAUUGAAUUUGAGGACAACCAAGAUGUUUUGGACCUUAUUGAAAAGGUUUUCUUUCUCCUUUUUCACUUUCUCUAA